AAUGUUUAAGUGUCAGUCAUCAGUAGAUCAGUAUGGAGUUGAUUUCUCUUCCUCUAGUUCUCUUGCUGAUUUUGAACACCCACUCUGAACAAACUAAAGAUGUAAAGCUAACUCUGACUGUGCAGCCACAGACGUCUGUGUUCAUUGGAGACACAGUUACUCUGAUCUGUGAGGUUCAUCAGUCCAAUGGAUGGCAGUUUAUCUUUAUAAACGGUUCAAACGCUGAAUCCACUGAAACUACAGGAGCUAAAAUAAUCAGAUCUGUGCAAGUCUUUGAUGGAGGAGAGUACAAGUGCAGAGCUGGAAGAGGAAACCCUCAGGGUUACACACAAUACAGUGAUCCAGUAACAGUGACAGUACAGAAAAGACCAACACCUCAAGUGUCUGUAGACCCAGAUGAUCUUGUAUACAGAGGAGAAACUGUCAAUCUCACAUGUGUCAUCAAUGGAGGAGGAGUCAGCAGCUGGCAGUACAGCUGGUAUAAAGAUUCAAUCAUCCAGCAGAAUAAACUUCAGUAUUACACAAUCAGAUCUGUUAGUGAGUCUGACGCAGGUAAAUACACCUGUAGAGGAAAUGAGACCAGAGGAUCACGAUACUCAAACAUCAGUAAUGCAGUUACACUGACAGUAUCAGCUUUACCCAGAGCUACAGUGAGAGUAACACCAGACAGAUCUGUGUUCACUGGAGAGACAGUCACUCUGAAGUGUGAGAUAGAGGAUCAGGACAGAUCAUUAAACUGGAGAUAUAGGUGGUAUAAAGGCAGAAAUGCAUCUCAGUCUCAGAUUUACACUGUAAACAGAGACUCUUUCACUAUCAAUGGAGUUACCAGAUCUGAUCAGAAUCAUUUCAGCUGUAGAGCAGAGAUACACGGACGACCACAAACUUCACUAUCAAGCUCUGAUGUUUAUCUCACUGUGAAUGGUAAGCUCAUUAUUAAUGUCUGUAAAUUAGAUAAAUAA